UGUCAGUUAGCAGGAGACAGCUGUGUAGACACCAGGAAGAGGCAGCCAAGUAACAACUUUCUACAUUGAAACUGAAGCAUUGUUUUGCGCUGAGAUGUUAACUCACAGACUGCUGAAACGCACAGCCCUGAUGGCCAGAUGAGAUGUUGAAGGGCUGUUCUUCAAGAAACUCACCCUUUUUCAUUGGUGAGAGGGCAGUCUGCCAAGCAUUGGUAACCCCAUCUCAACUCUCAGCCUACCUGAACUCUCAGCCUGGUAUUCAGAGCAAAGCUAUGCACGACGCCACACAGACCACAAGGCAGUGAGCUCAGAUUACAGUGGUCACCAAAGAAGUCUCCACUGAUUUACACAGACAGUGCGGAAAUGGAAGAGGCAGAGCUGCUGAAGGAGAGACUCCAGGCCAUUACAGAUAAGAGAAAAAUACGAGAAGAUAUUGCACAGAAAAGAACAGAAAUAGAAGAAGAAAAAUUAAAGCUUCAAUAUCUGAAGAAAAAAGCCUUAAGGGAAAAAUGGCUUAUGGAUGGAUUAAGUUCCCCAAGUGUGCCGGAGGAAAUGGCUCUGAAACUGCAGGCUCAGGAUAAUCAACAACAAACAAAGAUUUUGGAGAGUAACAUCAGCAGGAUUGAAAACGAAAUUGAGGCUCUUGAAAGGCAAGAGAUGAUGAUUUCAACCAACGAGAGUCUCAUUCUGAAGAAGCUGAAGGAAGUUGAAAGGUCAGCUGAAGACAUCAUAAAGGCAGUAAAGGCAGAUGUCAAGCAAGAGCCUAUUGAAUAUAUUUAUUCAGAGAUCCCAGAUCUUCCAAAGUCCUACAGACCGACAAACCUGAAAAAAAUGCCAAGUCCAGAACAGCAAAUGGAUAAUGAACAAAGCAAAAAAGCACUGUUUGCAAUGGAAAUCAAUGUAGAGAAGGAUAUGAAGACUGGAGAAAGCCAAGUUCUGUCGACCGCAACCGUCACACCUGAAGCGUUUCAAGAGAAAGGCAUUAAAGUCUAUGACGAUGGUAGAAAGUCUGUUUAUGCACUGUGCUCUGAUAGGGAAGUUGCUCACAACGGCGUUGAUGAAUUGACUCCUAUUGAAGUGGAGGAGCUCUUGAGGAAAGCCACAGAGAAAAAAUCCAAAACUGCCUUAGAGUACCAUGAACCUGUGUUUUCCAGCUCAUACAGCAGACCAUCAACUCCACGGCGACGUGACAGGCCACAAGCCAGUCCAGAGCCCAAUGGCCUCCAAGAGUCCCCUGAAAAGCACACUCCCAUGAUGCCAGAACUCGCUCACAAUGACAUGGCCCAUUUUCAGGAGGAAAUGGCGUCCCACAUUCCGCACAGGCCCGACGGGCCUCCGAAAUUUGCCGAAACCAGCCCAAACGGCAAGACUAACCAAAGCAUUUUCUCAAACGGAGAUGAAACCCAUUUACUGAGCAAUAUUGCCAAGUCAGAGCCGAUGCCAUAUCAAGACUCCAGGGAUGCUCACCAUGCUGCAGUAUUUGUUAAUUCAGUGGAUGAUAACAAACAGUCAGCUGCGGCCUACCCAGAUGAUCCCAAAUGUAAUGUUCUUCAUGCUAUGCCUACCAGUGUUGCUAACGAGGAGCCCGUCACCAUGAUAUUUAUGGGUUAUCAGUGUGUUGAGGAUGAUGUGGAAACACAACAAGGUAUGGGUUUCGAGGGGGCCAUUCGGGCUGAACUAGUAGUUAUUGGCGACGACGAUGACAAUGAAUUACAGCCUUCUUACCACCCUGAUGGAUAUCACAGCAAGGUUUUCCAGCCCAGUAUGAACUCCAGACUGAGCCAUUAUCUCCCAGACACUGAAGUCAAUUGCAGCACAAACAACGUGUUAGCUUAUAGCGAUUCAGUCCCAUUACAGGAUCAAGAAACAAGACCAAACCACGUCCCAAACAGAACAUAUUCAGACGGGCAAACCAGCAGAGAUGCCACUGAAGACAUCUCCGUGACAGCUUUAAGAAUGAGAAUGACAAAGCUAGGCAAAAGAAUGUAAUCAAUGAAGAGCAAGAUUCCAGUAGCUGCCUUAAGGAUUCCUUGAAGAACAGUCACAGAAAGACUGUCCACUGACAUGGACUCUUUUACGUUUUGCACAAUAUUAAAAAGACUAACCUAUUGUUGACCACUGUUGAUGAUAAUUAUACAACUUAAAAAUAUUGUAUCAAUGUAGACAUUAGGGCAUCAUUUAUAAACAGUUCGUCUAUGCUUUCUUUUACUAAAGAACGCAAAAAAGAUAUUAGUUUCUAUUAAUGUUUUAUUUUCUUCUUUGAUGAAAGUGCCAUUCAAAUAUUUAUUGUUUUAAUAUACAGUAUGUGCCUUUGGUAAAAUGGUGACUAAAUAAGAUUUUAUAUGCUGCUUUCCUAGUGUGAGAAUUAUACUCAUUUAGCAGUAGGGGUUAUUCCCAAUUGCCAAAAUUCAUAUAAAAGUUCAUAUAAGCGAAGCCAAAGAUGUAAACAAAAUAUGUAUGCAAUGUGAGGGCUACAAAACCAUGGUCAUGUUGCACAAAUAUUAAUAAAAAUAAUGCUGUU